GCCCUCUCGGAGCGGUUGGGUCCUCCAGCCCUCCAGAAGGAGCUGCCUCCUGCCCGGGCUGGGCCGGGGAGCGGGGCCGGGCAGGUGCUUUAUUGUCCCCGGCGGGAAGAUGGAGGCGGCUGGUGGGGAGCGGUGAGAGCCCCGGGGUGCGAUGCUCGCCCCGUUCGGGGCUCCCCAGCCAUGUUCAACCAGCAGCAGUUCCAGCAGCAGCUGCUGCAGCUCCAGCACCUCCUCCAGCAGCAGCAGCACCACCACCACCACCACCAUCCCCCGGCGCAGCAGGGAGGCCGGGGUUUGCCGCCACCACCACCGCAACAGCAACAGAUGCUGAGCUUACGUGCAACAAAUCAACCAUCGCUACUCAAUGCCAAUCCUAUGCUUCAGCGGGCCUUACUCAUGCAACAGAUGCAAGGAAACUUGCGUGGAUUUAACAUGACAGCCCCAGCACUGCAGCAGUUUUUUCCUCAGGCUACAAGACAUUCCCUCCUAGGGCCGCCACCUGUUGGGGUCUCAUUAAAGCCGACUCGCCUGGGCUUCCCCAGCCUUCCCUUCCAGCGGCAGAACCGGAUGUUUCGCAAGGACUUUCAGAGGGUCCCCGACAGGAAGCGGGAACUAGAUGCAGGUUCUUCAUCUCAGACACAAGGUGAUGAGAAAAUGGAAAUCCCGGAGGAAGUGCAAGCAGGGUCAGAGCAGAACAACUCCUCUCCAUCCACAGGACCAAGAACUCCAACAGAAUCCAUGUUGAACGCUGAGCCUGCAGCAAAAAGACUGAAGAGUGUGACUGAAGAGUCUGCAUUAGAGGAUGCAGCAGGCAGCAAGGAAGAGUCGAGCACCCAUGGCCAAGCUGAUGGUACAGACAAUGUAAAGGAGUACGCAGCUGAAGAUCUCUCUAAAGAGAGGAAAUUCUCUGAGGAACCAAAAGCUCCUGAGGUGUUGAGCUCUGGAGGUUCACUGAAAGUAACUAUCCAGCAGAGCAGCGAGAGCAGAGCUAUCAGUACAACAGCUCUGAAACCAGGGCACUGGACCUGCGAGGUGGGCACAGCUGACCCCAGCCCUGAAUCGGUCCUUAAAUUCUACUGUUAUAUCUGCAAGACCAACUGCUGCAGUCAGCAGAAUUUCCAAUCCCACAUGGCUGGAAUUCAGCACCAGCAGCGCCUUGGGGAGAUUCAGCACAUGAGCAACGUUUGUUUUGUUUCACUACUGCCUAUGGUGAAGGAGCAGAAGUUGCUGGCAGAGAAAGAUGGAGAGACCCAGCAGCGGUGGUGUAACACUUGUCAGAUACACUUCACCGGGGAUCUUAUCAAACAUCGCAGGACCCAGGAACACAAGCUGGCCAAACGCUCUCUUCGUCCUUUCUGUACUGUCUGCAGCCGCCACUUCAAGACCCCUCGCAAGUUUGUGGAACAUAUGAAAUCCCCUGAGCACAAACAGAAAGCCAAAGAGGUGAGAAUGGGAGAAAAGGAGUUGGGCAGCCCAGAAGAUUCAGAGGAGUUGAUCACAGUGGAUGCUGUUGGCUGUUUUGAAGAUGAUGAGGAGGAGGAGGAAGAGGAAGGAAUUGGUGAGGAUGAAGAUGACCUUGAUGUAGUGCUGGUAGAGAAUGAGGAUUCUGCUGCCAAGCAGACUGGGCUGAAGGAAGUGUCUUUGGAGGAUUACGAAGGAAGUGAGAAGUAUUGUCCAGACACAGCCUAUGGCCUGGAUUUUCUGGUCCCCGUCGCAGGUUACCUCUGCAGGCUGUGUCACAAAUUCUACCAUAGCGACUCUGCUGCCCGGCUCGCACACUGCAAGUCCCUGAUGCAUUUUGAGAACUUUCAGAGAUACAAGGCAGCAAGGCAUCGUGCCACAGCUGCCUACCCCGAGGCUCCUUUGCAUUCCCAGGGCUCCAGCUCCCAAUUGCUGGAUGAUCAGAAACAGCCUCCUGCUACAGCAGUAGAUACCGGCAAGAAGACGAAUGCUGAUCAUGGGCUAGACAAGGAGGGUACAGAGCUGUCAGCACCGCAAGAACAAACUUCAAGGUGUCCAGAGGGUGAGGGUGAGCUGGCCACCUCUGUAGCAGAGGGCAAAAGCCUCGCCAGCAUGACUGAUGACACGUGUGGAAUCGCGGUUGUAGAAGAAGAAAACCUGCAGGAGGAGAGCAAGUCCGCUACCACUAGUGCCCAUUUCCCACCCCCUGAAGAGACCAGCGCCGCGGGGGAGUUGUUGGGACAUGCUGCGUCUGAGGAGGAGGAAGACAAUGCAGCCGGGCAAAGGGAAGGCACAGACAACUGCCAGGAUCCAGGGAGCGAAGGGGGGUUAGGACAGAAAGAGGCAACACACGCAGGUCAGGAGGCAGCAGCAGAGCCUUCCUCCCUAGCCAAAGGGGGAUAUGGCUCAUGAAGUAGAUGGAUACAGAUUUUUUUUUUCCACUAAGAAUCGUUUGUAGUUCCUCUCUGCUUCCUUUCCAGGCAGAGAAGUGUAUUUCUUGGGAGGCUGUGCGUGCCCAAUUCUGCUCCUCAGAAGGGUUUUCUUUCACAGAUGCGCACUCUUGGACCAGCACUGUGUCCUAAGCUAGGCAAGAAUGUACAUCUCGGUCAUUUGUUAAUACUACAAGGCUUAAUACAGUCUGUUCUCAUAGCGGAGACUCAGGAACAAAUUUUGUUUCAAACUGAUUUUAAUAAAACAGAUUUCUUAUAACUUC